UGUUUUUACAUACAAACUAAUUUCAAACAACUAAUGCAAACAUCUACAAGCUAGAUAUAUCAGCUAGUCAAAAUAGCUAACAACUAACCACUAAACAAGACCUAUUAAUAUAAAUAAAUCAAGAAUAUCUUUGAUAAAAAAAAAAUAAUUAGUAAUAUAAAAAAGUAGGUCCCACCUAAAAACACCACCCACCAUCACAAGUUGACAUGUGUCAAAAUCAUCCCAAAAAAGUCUAAAGAGAGGAAGGUGGUGUCCUCUACUACUCCUAUGACUACUACUAACUUCUAUAAAAUCUAACCAUUUCUCUUCCCAAUAACUCGUUGCCAAGAUCUAGCUUAUUUAGUCCUAACUCUUAGCCCUCCAACUUUGUCCACCUACCCUUUUCUCUCUACUCUCCACUUCUCAUUCUCUUUAUUAUUCCCUAAAUAGUAAAUAAAUAUGCUUUCUAUCUCAUCAUUCCACCCUUCCACCACCACCGCCGCCGCCGCCGUCAACCACCACUCACAACAAUGCUCAGCCUUAUUUUCUCCUCCUACUCACCUCGCUCUCCCUCUCCGCCACCGCCGCAACAACAACCUUCAUGUUCGUUGUGGCGGCGGUGGUGGGUCGGAGUCUAAUGAUUUCGUUGUAUCCUCAUCAAUUUCAUCAUCAUCAACUCGGGGUUGUAGUGACCCCCUUGAAGUUGCUAAUAGAGAUGUUAAGCUUAAGAUUGGUAUUAUUGGGUUUGGUAACUUUGGUCAGUUUUUGGCGAAGACUAUUGCUCAGCAAGGUCAUAGAGUUUUGGCUUAUUCUAGGUCCGACUACUCCCGUGCUGCUAAGGAGAUCGGCGUCGAGUAUUUCUCUGACGCCGAUGAUUUAUGUGAGGAGCAUCCUGAGGUGAUCCUUCUAUGCACCUCCAUCCUAUCAACGGAGAAAGUCCUCCGCUCGCUCCCUCUCCACCGCCUUCGUCGGUCCACUCUCUUUGCAGAUGUCCUCUCGGUCAAGGAGUUCCCCCGCUCCCUCUUCCUACAAGUCCUUCCUAAGGACUUUGACAUCCUUUGCACCCACCCAAUGUUCGGCCCUGACUCGGGCAAGAACGGGUGGGGCGGGCUCCCAUUUGUCUUCGACAAGGUCCGGGUCGGGUCAGACCCAACCCGGACCUCUCGGGCCGAGGCAUUCCUAGACGUCUUCAGGAAUGCCGGGUGUAGGAUGGUGGAGAUGACCUGCGCCGACCAUGACAAGCACGCGGCCGGGUCACAGUUUAUAACCCACAUGAUGGGCCGGGUUUUGGAGAAGUUGGCCCUAGAAAACACACCAAUUAACACAAAAGGGUAUGAAAGUUUGUUGAAUUUGGUGGAUAACACAGCAAGAGAUAGCUUUGAGUUGUUUUAUGGAUUGUUUUUGUACAAUAAAAAUGCAAUGGAACAGUUGGAUAGAAUGGAUUGGGCUUUUGAGAUGGUAAAGAAGCAACUUUCGGGUUAUUUGCAUGAUCUUGUUAGAAAACAAUUGAUGCUUGAGACUAAUAAUGAACAAAAUGGGGUGGAUCAAACAUUCAUGCUUCCUUCUCCUAGUGAUGAUCGUCUUCAAAUACCUCCCUCCAUCGAUGCAGCUCAACCAUACGACUAUGAAUCCAAACUUGCCGCCGUUAAUGGCAAUUCAUCUUCACCAUCAUCGGAUUACCCGAAGCUCAAGGUUGCAAUCGUUGGGUUUGGAAAUUACGGCCAAUUUCUCGCGAAAACCCUAGUUUCACAAGGUCAUACUGUUCUUGCGUAUUCUAGGUCAGAUUACUCGAAAAUUGCGUCGAAUCUCGGUGUUUCGUACUUUUCUGAUCCUCAUGAUUUGUGCGAAGAACAUCCGGAGGUAAUUUUGUUGUGUACUUCGAUUUUAUCAACUGAAUAUAUGUUGAAUUCACUUCCAUUGCAACGUCUUAAGAGAUCGACGCUUUUUGUUGAUGUUUUAUCAGUGAAAGAAUUUCCUCGUAAUUUGUUUCUUCAAAUUUUACCUCCUGAUUUUGAUAUAUUAUGUACUCAUCCUAUGUUUGGACCUGAAUCUGGGAAAAAUGGGUGGGGAGGUUUGCCAUUUGUUUAUGAUAAGGUUAGGAUUGGGAGUUCAGAGGGUAGAAUUAGGAGGUGUGAGAAUUUUUUGGAUGUUUUUAGGAGAGCUGGGUGUAGGGUUGAGGAGAUGACUUGUGCCGAGCACGAUAAGUACGCGGCCGGGUCUCAGUUCAUUACACAUUUCUUAGGGAGGGUGUUGGAGAAGCUUGAUUUAGAGGAUACGCCGAUUAAUACCAAAGGGUAUGAGAGUUUAUUGAAUUUGGUGGAUAACACGUCGAAAGAUAGUUUUGAGCUGUUUUAUGGGUUGUUUCUGUACAAUCAGAAUGCUAUGGAGCAAUUGGAGAGGUUAGAUUGGGCGUUUGAGUUGGUUAAGAAGCAGUUGUUUGGGCAUUUGCAUGGGUUGUUGAGGAAUCAGUUGUUUGGGUGUACUGAGCUUGAUGAACGUAUUGGGAAGGCGAAGGAGUUGAAGUUGCUUUCUGAUGCUGCGGCACAAAAUGGUACUGCCUCAAGCUCGACUCCUAGGGAAAAUGCAAAUUCAGAAAUUAACUGAAUUUUUUUUAUAGCCCGGCUCUUCAACUCGUUGGUGUGGCUAUUGGACAUGAAUUUUGUAGCAAUCAAUGUUGAGCGACUGUCAUCCUAGGAUGUUGAGGUUGGAUUUAAUUGAAGUGGCUAUGAAGGCAUUGUUGCGGAUGGGAUGGUCCAGUGCACAACACUGUUACUGAAAUUGCUGACUCAAUUGGUUUCAAGUGGGAAACUGCUUUAGUGAGACUUCUCUGUUUGGAAAGUGGAAUCGCUUUGGAAUGGAGAUGCAUCUAACAUGGUCACGCGAAGUAAUUCUAUGGCAGGUGCUUUAGCAAGCUAGGUGAACUGAUCUGAUGUGUUCCAAGUUUGACUGUGGACUUCCUAUAAAUUCUUUUCCUUUGUUGAUUUUGAGUUUAGGUGUUUACCUAUCUCUGUUUAUGGAAUAAAUUGUUUUUAAGAAUUCUACUCUUUUUUUAGCAAAAAAAUAUUUUGUACAAUACAGGAGCAGAAUUUUUGCAAUGUAUGUAUGAUUAUGAUUACUGGAAUUUAUCUGUUGUUCAAUCCUCAUAAUUCUUCUGAUAAAUGAAGUUUUUAUUUAUUGAGAAUAUACAUGGUGAAUACAGA